AUGGACAAUUCCGCGAAUUUCAUCGAGAAUAUCAUCAGGGUGUUGGAGGAUGAAGUGCCAGAGUUCGUUUGGGACUACGUUGUACUUUCGGCCAGGGAUUACGGGGAUUUCAUCGCCUACGCGUUGCCCGUCACCCCCCGAGAGAGCCUGACCGCCGGCUUGCGGCGCAAUUUGGCCAACUACGAGGGGCGCAUCAUCUCGGGGCUCGUUCGGGGCACGUACGUCGAGUCUGAUAUCCUUUGUUUUUGUUUGGACAGGGGGUGUAACAAAGUGUACAAGAACCCCAUGAAUCUGAACAGUUGCAUGACUCUGACUAGGAGCAAUCGUUACAUAUUCAUAUUGAAGGCUGGGGACGCGCGGAAGGCGCAUAACCAUCGGGAGGUCUGUCGCUAUUUAAGCCCUGGGGAGAGACUCACCUUGCAGGGAUUCCCUCUGCAGAGCCUUCGCAGUUUUACAAGCGAUGCCCAAGUCGUCAGUGCGACUGGUAACGCAUACCCCGUGCCGCUCCUCACUGCAGUCUUGCAGCCAAUUUUACUGGCUGUGCGCACUAAGGUAGGGCAUGCACUUGCUUGCCGGCACUCCGUCGGGCUUCAUGCGCCAUCGGGCUCGGGCCAGGCAACGAUCCUUACGCGCUCUUCAUGCCCCUUUGUGGGUCAGCGGAUCUCGGGCCGUUGA